AUGGUGACGAAGGGAGUAGGAGCGGGAGGGAGCGGGGGUGACGACGCAUGGGCUAGGGCAGGGGACGGGAACGGGAAUGAGAACGGGAACGGGAGUGGGAACGGGAAGGCGACGGUGCGGGAGCUGCCGUGGUGUGAGCGAGAGAACAACCGGAGCCGGGAGCGCCGUCGCAGGUUGAUCGCGGCGAGGAUCUUCACCGGGCUGCGCAAAUACGGCAACUACACCCUCCCCAGGAACGACAACAACAUGGUGCUCAAGGCGCUCUGCGAGGAGGCCGGCUGGACCGUGGAGGCCGACGGCACCACCUACCGCAAGGGACCAAAGCCUGAUCCGGCAGGUGAUGAGCAUAUGGCCGACAUCGGCGGGUCUGCUCCGGUGAACCCAGCAGGCGGAGCUUCCUACAGCCUGACCCGGGAGACGUCGCCCUCCGGCAUCACGCUCGGCGGCGGGGGCAGCCGCGGAGCCAGCCCCAUUCCGGCGUGGCUCAAGAACCUGUCCAAGCAGCUCAGCGACAAAUCGUACCCCAACUUCUUCGCGAGCUCCUCCAACUCCAACUCCAACGCGCCGGCGACGCCGCAGAACGGCUCCCCGCCCUCAUCCCCGCCGCGCCUCCGCAAGAAGGCGCGCUACUCCUCCCCGCCGCCCGCCACCCCGCCGCCGAGCCCGGCGAGGGCCUCCAACUCCAACGUGCGGCCGCCUCCGUGGGCCACGGGUGCUGGCGCCAGCCGCUUCUCCUUCAAGACCUCCACCCCGCCGCUGAUGAGCCCCGUCACCGGCGGCCGGGGCCCCGACCCGGUGAGGCUGCUGGCGGGGUUCCAGAUAUCUUACGCCGCAGACAACAAGGCACCGGCCUACAGCAGCUUCGUGGCGUCCGGCGCGUCGUCGCUCGGCGCCGGGAGCUCUGCUUCUGCCUGGAUGCUCCCGCCGCUGCCGGGACGCAGCAGCAGCGGGGCGUCGGCCGCGGUCCGUGGCCGUGGUGGCGCGCUGAUGUCGGGCCGCGGUGGCGCGCUGCUGUCCCCGCUCGGGUUCUCGUUCCGCAGGAGCGGCGGGGAGCAGGCGGGCGCGAGGGAGGAGGUGAUGACCGAGAAGAACGCCGACGAGGAGGAGGGCCUGGAGCUCACCCUGGGGAACGCGCAGACCCGCAAGGACCGCGCUUGA